CAUUUCUUCAUCGACAAGGAUAGAACCUUAAUCAAAGUACAAACAGAUAUCUACAGACACUGAAACAAUCAAACACACAACCACAAGACAAGACAAGAGAUGGAAACUUCAACUGGUAACCAUGUCGAUAGAUUAAACGAUUCACAUUCUUCCACCACAACCCACGCUUCUACCACAUCCAGAAGACACGCCUCUCAAUUCUCCGCCUUGAAUUUCAUCCGGUCUCCCGUCACAACCUUUCUCGAAUAUUCAGGAGUUAUCCGGUCGAGAUCGACCAAUCUCGACGACGCGGAGCGCUUAAUAGCUGCCGGAAGAGAUAAUGAUGGACAGUUUCUUAGUCGUUCCGAUGAUCCCACAAAUACCGGCGGAAAUGGAGAAGUUUCAAUCAGGAUCGUUGGGUCUGGUGGUGAUUAUAAUGAUGAUAUGAAUGGUCAAAGAUUGGAUGGUGGGGUAGUAGAUGGUGAUGGUGAGGUAGAUAGGGUUUCUGGUGUUUCUUCCACAUUAGGGCUUGAAGAUGGUGAAAGAGAAGGCGGUGAUUCCACUGCCAGUGGAAAUGGUAAUAGGGAUGCUUCGCAUCAGAGAUAUGAUAUACAGCAAGUGGCGAGGUGGAUUGAACAAAUUCUCCCAUUUUCACUGCUCUUGUUGGUUGUUUUCAUCCGUCAGCACCUGCAAGGAUUCUUUCUGACGAUAUGGAUAACAGCCGUAAUCUUCAAAUCCAAUGAUAUUCUCAAGAAACAGACUGCUCUAAAGGCGGAGAGAAAAUUAUAUGUCCUUGUCGGGAUAAGCUUAAUUUUCAUUCUUCACGUAAUUGGUGUAUACUGGUGGUAUUGGUCUGAUGAUCUCUUGCACCCGCUGAUGAUGCUUCCUCCAACAUCUGUACCGCCAUUCUGGCAUGCUAUAUUCAUAAUACUGGUCAAUGACACAAUGGUGCGACAAUUGGCUAUGGUUUUGAAAUGCAUGUUGCUGAUGUACUACAAGAAUGGAAGAGGACAUAAUUUCCGCCGGCAGGGCCAAAUGUUAACCCUUGUUGAGUAUACAUUGUUAUUCUACCGGGCAAUGUUACCUGUACCAGUUUGGUAUCGGUUUUUCUUGAACAAAGAUUAUGGAAGCCUAUUUUCUUCAUUGACAACUGGGUUAUACUUGACUAUCAAGCUUACAUCAAUUGUGGAGAAGGUCCGGUCUUUCUCUACUGCAUUGAGAGCGUUGUCAAGGAAGGAAAUUCAGUAUGGUACAUAUGCUACAAAGGAGCAGGUAAACGCUGCCGGAGACCUCUGUGCUAUUUGCCAGGAAAAGAUGCAAUCUCCAAUUUUAUUACGCUGCAAACACAUUUUUUGUGAGGAUUGUGUCUCUGAAUGGUUUGAAAGAGAAAGAACAUGCCCCUUGUGCAGGGCCUUGGUGAGGCCUCCCGAAUUGCGUUCUUUCGGGGAUGGAUCAACAAGUCUGUUGUUCCAGUUGUUCUAGAACUGUCCUUUCGGCCAUAACAGAAGUUUCGGUCAUUUGGAAGAGGUUUUCGCCUUUAAACUUGGCCAUUGUAAAAGAAACUUCUUCUGUCUAGAUGGAUGGAGUGUAGAAAGGAAAAAUCCAACAAAAUGAGCCAAUACAAAAUUUGGGUCCUAAAAAUAGGAGUAUAUAAUAUAAAUCAUUUCAUUCCCCCCUUUCUUUUUCUCUGAUGUAUAUUUUUAGUGCUUCCUACAAGAGGAAUGAAUACACACCUGGUUUGUUUUUACAUUAUUAUACAAGUUCUUUCCAUUAUGAUGAUCUAAAUCAUAAUAAAUGUAUCUAAAUUUAAGUGGAAAAAACAACCAAAAUAGACAAUUUGUAUGUUCAACAUUAUCUAAUUUGUGUUUGAUAUGAAGAAGUAAAACAAUUGUGGUUAAGA